CGAGUUUCCCCAUCGGCAGCGGGCGAGGCAGCAGCGGGCAGGGGGGCAGGCAGCAGCAGCAGCGGCGGUAGCAGCAGCGGCGGCAGUAGCAGCUGCAAAGUGCCCGCAAAGCCACGUUGACUUGAGCGCGCUUGUGUGCGUGUGUGUCUCUCUCUCUCUGUGUGUGGUGGUGGCUAGGAAGGGAAGGGGAAUAAGCAAGCAAGCCAGGCAGCCAGCCGCUUAACUCUUUCGCAAGGGGUUUCUCUCUCUCGCGCGUGUGUGUGUGUGUUUUGUUAUUUAGUAUCGGUUACGACGAUUGUGUUUUGGAGGAGGUGGGGGGAGGGUCGAGGAGGAGGAGGAGGGGGGGGAUUGCUCUCUCGCUCUCUCGCUCUUUCGACCACCCACACAAACCCUCCCCUGCUUCUCCUCUUUCCUGUCUCCGUACUCCUCCCAGAAGUCCUUGAAGAGAAGAAGAAGAGGGGGGAGAGACAGGCGCGGGAGAGGCAUCGGCUCCGUGUUGUGGCGGGGGGGGGGGCUGGAGAUAGUCUCGUGGGGGGGUUUUUUUUCCUUCUUUUUUUUAAUGAUUGCCUGCGAGUUCGUGCCCGCGAUUAAGUCCGAUGACUGGGAAUUACAGCAAUGACGAAUUUGAUUUCAGACUCAUAUUUGAUGAAAACGGCUCGGGACCGCACGCAGAUGUUGACGACGUGGCGGGGUUCCCGGGCCCUGGCGGUGGGGUGGAUGCCGUGGGUGCGGCCACAAACGCGCCCAUCGCCAUCCCCUGCCACGCGUCCGCCUCGGGCCACGCCGCCACGUUCUGCUCCCCGCCACGGGCAAACCACGGCACGGGCUACACCGGCCCCAGCGGCGAGCCAGGGGAGGUGACCUACAGCUACCUGCAGGGCCCCGGCGGCUCGUCAGGCGCCCCGCCGGCGGGGGGUGCCGGCGGGGCGGGGGGCCCCGGCUCGCGACAGCAGAUGCCGGUGUUUGAGUGCCCCAGCAUCCAGAUCACGUCCAUCUCGCCGCGGCGCCACGACAUGGACGUGCUGGAGGAGGGAGGGGCCGGCGGCCCCGCUGGCGGCGGUGGCGUGGACGGGGCGAGGGCCCUGCACGAGGGCAGGGAGAGGGGCAGAAGCCGCGACCAGCUGUACCUGUCGCUGGAGCACGGCUUCUACCGCGAGUCGGCGCUGAGCCUGAGCCCGGCGAGCAGCGUGUCGUCCCGCAGCUGCUUCUCCGACGCGUCGUCGCUGGAGUCGUACUCGUACGCGUGCGACGACGUCGAGGCGGAGCUCAACGAGGCGACGUCGCGCAUCGGCCUGCACGCCGCGUCGCCCCUCUCCGCGUCGCCCCUCCCCUCGCCCGGCGGCUCCCCGCACCUCGGUUCGCUCGACGAAGCCUGGGCCCACCUGCCACACCAGCAGCACCAGCUGCAGCUGCAGCAACAGCAGCAGCAGCAUCAGCAGCACUACCAUCAACAGCACCACCAGCAACAGCAGCCUCCGUCCUACGGCACACACCUGCAGGUAUCCCCGCGUCACUCCCCAAGUGGCUCCCCGCGCACCAGCAUCACGGAGGAGAACUACCUGAGCCCGAGGCCCUCGUCCCCGUGCGGCAAGCGACGGCACUCGGGCGCCGACGCCUCGGCCCCCUCGCCGUCGCGCACUCCCUCCCCGCUGCCGUCUCCCCGCUCGCUCGGCCUGGCCGAGCCCGCGGGCCCUCCGUUCCUCACGCCCGUGCCGCCCGGAAACGGCUGCGGCGGCGGUGGAGGAGGAGGAGGAGGAGGAGGAGGCGGCGGGGGCAGCUGCUCGCCGACCGGCGCCUCUCCCGACUUGGGGCCCGUGCCGGGAGCCGCCGUGCUGGACAUCUCGGAGAGCGUGCCACCAAAGGCGCGCCGCACGUCGCUCGACCAGGCCUCGGCGGGCGGCGGCGGCGGCGGCGGCGGCGGCGUUGGCGACGAGAGGGACUCGCCGUGCGACAGUUUCCAGCAGCACUGCGCCAAGAAAGAUCUGCCGCCCGUGCUGGCGUCGCCCGCCUUGCACAUGGCCGGAGACAACUUCCUGGCGGUGCCGCCGCUCUUCUCGUGGAAGAGCAAGGUGUCGGGGGGAGGAGGUGGUGGUGGUGGUGGAGGUGGCGCCGGCAGCUGCGGAGGUGCGAGCCACAUGCCGCUCUUCAGGAGCACGUCGCUGCCAUCCCUGGACUGGCAGCUGCCGAGCGCGGCCGGGCCGUACGAGCUGCGCGUGGACGUUCAGCCCAAGUCGCACCACCGCGCGCACUACGAGACGGAGGGCAGCCGCGGUGCCGUCAAGGCCACCACGGGAGGGCACCCCGUGGUGAAGCUCGUCGGGUUUUCCCAGAAGCCCUUGAACCUGCAGAUGUUUAUCGGCACCGCGGACGAGAGGCUGUUGCGGCCGCACGCCUUUUAUCAGGUCCAUCGCAUCACGGGGAAGACGGUGGCCACCCCGAGCCAGGAGUGUGUGCUGACAGGCACCAAAGUGCUGGAGAUCCCCAUCCUGCCCGAGAACGGCAUGACCGCCUGCAUCGACUGCGCGGGGAUCUUGAAGCUGCGCAACUCGGACAUCGAGCUGCGGAAGGGCGAGACUGACAUCGGGCGGAAGAACACGCGCGUACGCCUCGUGUUCCGCGUGCACAUCCCGCAGCCCGGGGGCAAGGUGCUCUCCCUGCAGGCCACCUCCAUCCCCGUCGAAUGCUCCCAGCGCUCGGCCCAGGAGCUGCCGCUCGUGGAGGGCCAGAGCGUCGACGGCUGUACGGCGAACGGCGGGCAGCAGCUGGUGCUGCGCGGGCACAACUUCCAGCCGGAGUCGCGCGUCGUCUUCCUGGAGAAGGGGCCCGAUGGGAGGAACCUGUGGGAGGUGGAGGCGAAAGUGGACAAGGACAAGAGUGAACCGACGAACCUGGUGGUCGAGGUUCCUCCGUACCAGAACAAGAGCAUCAGCCACCAGGUGCAGGUGCAGUUCCACGUGUGCAACGGCAAGCGCAAACGCAGUCAGCCGCAGCGCUUCAUCUACCUGCCCGCCAACGGAGGCCUCUCGCCCGCACUGCGAGACCUGCCCAUGCUGCCGAUAAAGAGCGAGCCGAGCGACGACUUCAUGGGGACGACGCCGACGACGGCGACGACGCCGGGCGCCCCCGAGCCGGCCGACCUCUCGGUUGAGGUUCCGCCAACCGGGCCGCUGCUGCUCCACCUGGUGCCGCCGGAGUGCGCGGGCAUGAGCGCCCAUCCUGGCGAGGCUCAGGCGUACCAGGCCCUGCACCCCAUGCCACCCAAUGGGGUGGACAUGCCCAUGGACCAACGCUUCCAGGGGCUCGAUCACCUCGGGCAGGCCGUGUUCCAGAAUGCCGAGAUGCAGCACCUACACCACCACCACCAUCACCCUCACCACCAUCACCACCACCACCAGCAGCAGCAUCACCACCACCACCACCAGCAAGAGGAUCACCACCACGGCACGGUGCAUCACCAACACAAUCACCCCCAUCAGAGCCAUCACGAUCAUCACCAGCAGCAGCAGCAGCAACAGCACCAGCUGCAGGGAUCCCAGCAGAAUAACAACCACUACGGAGCGCUGGCAUACCAGGGCUUUCACUCGACAGGCCACGCUCAGCUGCCGUUCGAGACCUUCGCCUUCAUAGAGGAGGGCGGCGACGUGGAGGGGCACGGCUUGCACAUGGCCUACGAGCAGCUGGGGGUGCACGUAGGGAUGCAGCAGCAGCAGCAGCAGCACCAGCAGCACCAGCAGCAUCAGCACUACGCGUCGGCACCGCCGCCGCCGCCACGCGGGGCCUACUCGGGCUGCGCCUCGGGCGGCAUCAAGCAGGAGCCGGCGGAGGGCACGGACAGGGGCCGCUUUCCCACGCAGGGCAACCGGCAGCACUUCACGUUGGAGGAGGCUUCGGCGCUGGCGACACAGGCACUCGACUCGUACCAGGCAGGAGCGAGCCCCAUCAUAUAGCGACGCGGCACCAUCGUCCGGGGGAGGAUUCAGACAUUGAAAUCGGAAGAAGAAAAAAUGGCAUUCCUCUUUUGUUUUGCAAGUUCCUCUUUUGUUAUGGAAGCAACUGGAAGGAAGAGGAGGAGGAGGAGGAAGAAGAGGACACUGAGAGGAGGUGACCUCGGAGAGGAGGAAGAGUGAUCGCUGUUUUGUGAAGUGAAGAGGACGUGGGAGAACGAGGUGGGGCGGGGAGAAGUCCUGCACUGCUGUUGGGGCCGGCGGUGAGAACCCUGGGCCCUGGGAGCGGGAGCCACGCGAGGAGGGAGUAGAACGCGUUUCUGAUCUUCGCCAGUAGAGUGGCGAAAAGGGGGUUUUGGGUUUUUAUUUUAUUUUGUAACGAAUUUUUUUUUUUUAACGGACAAUCACUAAAACAGCGAAUGCUUUGCAUUAGCAUGGUUGGCUACGUACGAUGCAAAAAGAAGUUCAGCGUACACUGAGCAGAGACGUAUAAAAGUGCACGGACGUUGUACAGCCUGCUUGAGUUAAAAACCACAGUGGCUACAAAGAAGAAACUUACCAAAAAUAAAUGGAAGAUGAUGCAAAUAAAAACCCGGAAAGACCGAGCCCCUUUUUCAUCGUCGUAAAGUGAAGCACAGUUGUUUGGGGUUUUUUCUUUCCCCCCCCGGAUGUAAAUUAACGAAUGAUAAAGCCAUGUCUACCUUAACAACGAGCCUUAAUAUCCAGAUCCUUAAUUGUGCACUAAUGUCAGGCGCAAAACGUUAUCGACGUUUAUUUGAACCUCGUGUGCGUGCGUAAUUCCCCAGAUAAGGAGGUUUGUUUUCAUUCCCUAAAGAAAAAUACAGCGAAACCUUGGAUUGCGAGUAACUUAUUCUGCGAGUGUUUUUCAAGACGAGCAAAAUGUUUAAAUAAAUAUUAAUUUGAUGAACGAGCGAGGGUCUUGCAAUACGAGCAGCACGUAUAGACGCUUUGUAUGCCGAGCCUCACGUGAUCACAACUGAUAUACGAGCGCUUUGAAUUACAAACACGUUUCCGGAACGUAUUAUGCUCGCAAUCCACGGUUUUACUGUAAUAACGUUCAAUUAACUGACCAAUUGGCCUUUCAGACGAGUGCCUUUACAAUUGAUUCAACCAACCAACCUCUCACAAUGGCUCACGCAACAAACAUCGAGCUGGUCCCCCCCCCCGGCGCUGCUUUUAGACAGUCCACAAUUCACUGACGAAUCUCACUCAAGGCAAACCCCCGUUCAAAGUUGCACUCUU